ACGGGCAUUUUGGCGUCAUGGCGAGCACCCGCACCCUUGGCGAAGUGUUCUGUUCAUAGAAAUCAUUUUGUUCAUGGACAUUUUUAUACUGUAUAUAAAGGCAUGUUUUUAAUACUGUAUAUAAGGGCGGAUGUUGAUGAGGACGGCAGUGAGACAUAAGUCAGAAGGUAUUUUACUAGUUAGAGGGAUAGAGAGGGAGCGGGGAAGAGGGCGGGAACGUCCGCAUAAGAUAGAAAGCGCAUUAAGCUCGGGAAGGAUGCGAUGGUUCUGCCAGUUCCUCUCCCUCCCGACUUCGACCCCAGCUUGAAGCCAGUACUCGCUCGCAGCUUUGUUGUUGAGGGACUUCUCAGGUUCGAAUCCGGGACAUCGCAACUGCACAACCACUGCCCUACCACAGAGCUACACCUCCUUCGACUACUGCGCGUAUACUAUAAAAUCGUCUCAAACCGGCCCAAGCAACACAAUUUGAAAGUGACACUCCCUACGUUUGGAAAGGAAGAAAACGGGAAGACAGCGCGCGUGUCGUGGAAAAGCCUAUUCGCAAAAGCUGACUACGUGCUUGUGUGGCAUGACAAUGAGGAUAUAUUCGAUUUUCAAGGCGCGUCUGAUUUGAAAGUGCCAAGCCAACCGUCCAAACAAUAUAUAAGUACAGAAGUUGAACUAGAACCUAAUAGAAUAUACUGGUUCCAGAUCUUGCACCCGAACUGCAGCAUUCUGACCGCUGCCUCCGAUCCCUUCCCCUGCGCUGCGGCGAAGGUGGCGGCGGUCCCUGGAGGACUACACCCUUUCAUCGCGACCCUCAUCUCUUUUAUUGUCAUUUCCUUGGCUGUCUCUGGGUCCUAUUUCAUCUAUUCUGUGUAUAAGGGAUCAGUAAAGUUCGAGUGGAACGGGACGAUGCAGACGGCCAGCGAGGCCACAGGGAAGCGAAUCCUGCUUGUGAAACUCGGCGAGGUGGUCCGCAGACUCAUGAGUGAUGGAGAAGAACUGCUGGCCGUGGAAUUCGAAUCGCUGAGGGAACAGUCUCCCCAAGAGCCAGUUAGAGUCGCCAGUCUUACUCCGAACAAGUACAAGAAUCGUUACUCUAAUAUACUGCCGUUUGACAAAACCCGAGUGCUUCUAGAACGAUUUCCCAACGAUACAUACAGCGACUACGUCAACGCGUCAUACGUACAUAGUUUUACGAAGAAGAACAGGUUCAUCGCCACACAGGGUCCGAAGAAGUCGACGCAGCAAGACUUUUGGCGAAUGAUAUGGGAGCAGAAUGUCUACGUCAUCAUUAUGGUCACGAGUUGCACUGAGGGAAUGAGGGUGAGUGUCGAGAAUAAAUGCAGCAAGUACUGGCCAGAUGUGCAGGAACCGCCAUUUUGCUUUCCCCGCGAGGAUCUCAUCGUCUGUACCACGAAAGAGUCUACCAAGAGAAGUUAUGUCGUGCGCAGUAUUCAAAUUAAGAAGGGAGACGACCAGCGCAACUGCCUCCAUUACCAAUACGUGGACUGGCCUGACAUGGGGUGUCCGGACUCGCCCAACGACCUCGUCUCCUUCAUGAUGGCGGUGAAACCCGUCAUCGUCCUCGGGGACUUCCACGUGGUCGUCCAUUGCAGCGCCGGAGUGGGUCGCACAGGUACCUUCAUAGGCCUCUACAACACCAUGCUUGAGAUGGACAAAGGGAACUCCGUUGACAUCUACGAGUGCGUGUUAAGAAUGAGGAGCUGCAGGAUGAACAUGGUGCAGACGCAGAGGCAGUAUGCUUACCUGUAUAGGUGUGCUCUCCAGUAUUAUGAGCAAAUCGAAGCAGCAAGAAAGAAUUCUACAUACACAAUUGAAGAUCAACACUUAAGGCAUGACUUCCCUGGAACUGUUUGAGGUGAAAUGCAAAACAGGAGUCGAAGACCAUUCUUGUUUGCACAGAAGGCUGAAUUAAAAAGAGGAAAGGGUCAGAUAAUUUUCUAUCCUCACAGAGAGUAGUCAUGUAUUUUUAGGACUGAAUUGUCAUACAUUUAUUUUUUUAUUGCUGGCAAAGAAGCUGGUAAUGACUGGCUGAAUGCAACAUGUCCAAAAUAACGUGGUUGAAUUUCUGACGAAUAUCCCCCUCAGUCUGUCAGUUGUCAGAGAAUUAUCAUCACCAAUCUAUCAACCUAUCAUAAGUCAGCUGUCAUAUUCUCUUGCACCUCAGCCUUGACAAAAAGAAAAAUGGAAAAGAAACUGACAUUACUCUUGAAUGCAUUUGUCCAGUUUUAAUGUGACUGUUUUCAUUAUUUCCUCAUUUCUUGUGAUAAUGCCAGUUAGUCAACAAUCCUAAUUUCCAAUUUUAGAUAUAUGGAUUGAAAUAUUACUCAAUCAUUCAUUCCAUUAAUUGUGUUGUAAUUUUGUACUACUAUAGAAUAUUCAAUAAAGGGGGAUCAAUUUCGGAUUAAAGAAAAGUUAUCAAUUUGGAAUAUUGAAGAAAGAAUGACUAGUUUAGGAUUCAAGAAAGAAUAAUUGAUUUGGAAUGCUACAGUAAGAAUGACCAAUUUGUAAUAUUUAAGAAAGAUUUGUCACUCUAGAAUAUUCAUGAAGGGAUGACCAAUUUUGAGUAUUCAAGAAUAGCCAAUUUAGGAUUUAAGAAAAUUAUCAAUUUAGAAUAUUAAAAAAAGGAAUCAAGACAAACUCAAAUUUGGUAAA